AUGGUAACACAUAAAUCGGUAAUACAAACAAUGACAAUGGUCAGUUCUGUUUAUCAACCUCAAAAUGCUUAUUGUAUUGUUGUGGAUGAUAAAUCUAGUGAUAAAUUUUUGAAAAAGAUACAGAUGCUGGCUGAUUGUUUUCCGAAUAUUUUUGUUUUGAAUGUUGGCACAAUUGAAUGGUGUAAAUUUGGUGUUGUACGUGCUGUUUUUUCUUGUUUGAAGUAUUUAACAGAAAAAAAUCAUAAUUGGAGAUAUUUACAAUAUCUCAGCGGUGUUGAUCUUCCUUUAAAAACAAAUUUGGAGAUGGUGAGGAUAUUUAAACAAUUAAACGGCACAAUAAACGCGGAUGUUUUGCCCUUUGAAAGGUACAGAGUGAGAUUGACUAAGGGUUCGAUAAAACCUCCACUAACCCUUUGGAAGUCAAGCCUUUCCGCUUUAAUCAGUAGAGAAGCUGCUGAUGUAAUGGUAAAGAGUGAUAAAGUGAAAGAUUUGUUAAACUAUUUACAAUAUACUUGGUGCAGUGAUGAAAGUCUAUGGGCAACUAUUGCAGGGAAUCCGGAAGAAUUAAAAAUUCCUGGAGGUUUUGACGCCAAAUUCUUUUACUAUAGUUUACUAAGAGAAUCUGAACGAUGCAUUACUACCCAAAAAUCAACAUUUAAAUCACUAGAACAGCAACAACAAAAGAAUAAUAAAACAACCAUAAAAACACCCCUUCCGCCUUUAACAAAUUCGUUCCAACUUUCUUCCUUUUACAUUUCCCGUUAUCAAAUUUGGAAUCAAAAAAGGUACAAACACCCAAUUACUAGAACAGGAAAACAAUUGGCUAGAUGUAAUGGCAAAUUUGUUAAAGAAUCCUGUGUUUUUGGUGUUGAUGACAUGCCUAAUCUUAUUAGGAGACCGGAGCUGGUAGCACAUAAAAUGUAUAUGGAUUUUGAACCUGCAGGUAAAUAAUAAAACAUUGAGAUAAAAUUGCA